GAAUUCCCUUUUUUCUGUGAUUACGAUUUGGUAGCCAAGUAACUAUGAGGGAAAGUCACCCCACUGUUAUCUGUUAAAGUAGGGUAAAUAUGUAAUAUUUAAUUGCGACAAAGAAAGUAGGACAAAGUGUGAAGAAACCUUUGAAGAUACAGGCUACCAUAAAAUCACAGUGCAGUCGUCAUGAACUGCGGGGUGUCACCACAUACGGCAGCCUAACAGAGGCUUGUGGUGUCAGUUGCGUUGAAGAAGCCGUCAUGAACAGAAUAUCAUUAGUCUUCUGGUCAGUAGGCUUGCUUUUUUCCUACAAAACAUCGGCGGACACCAAAGGUCCACUGGUGACCCUCCAGUCUGGGAGCUUAAGAGGGAAGUAUGUGAACGUGAAGGGUGUGGAGACUGGGGUGCACACCUAUCUGGGUGUGCCUUUUGCCCAGCCACCUACUGGGCCUUUGAGGCUGGCACCACCGCUGCCCGUAGAGCCAUGGGAGGGAGAACGGGACGCUACACAGAAGCCGCCCAUGUGUCUACAAAACAGGACAUUCAUGCUGGACUUACUUGAAAAGGUUUCGUUGCACAUGGAAGUCCCUGCUGUUUCAGAAGACUGUCUCUACCUGGACAUAUAUACACCUGCAACCUCAACAGCAGAGUCUAAAUUAGCUGUCAUGGUGUGGAUCCAUGGUGGAGGGUUUGUGAUGGGGUCAUCAUCACUCCAGGAUGCUUCUGCACUAGCAGCAUAUCAAGAUGUGGUGGCUGUGGUGAUUCAGUACCGAUUAGGAAUUCUGGGAUUAUUCAGCACUGGAGAUGAACACGCCCCUGGGAAUUUUGGAUUUCUGGACCAGGUGGCUGCACUGCGUUGGGUGCAGAAGAAUAUCCGGAGCUUUGGAGGAGAUCCGGGAUCGGUCACCAUCUUUGGGGAGUCGGCGGGUGGCGCUAGCGUGUCGCUGCAGGCCCUCUCUCCCUUAUCCUCUGGACUGUUCCAUCGAGCGAUUGCACAGAGUGGAACUGCAAAAAUGAGAGGUAUCUUCAAUCCCAACCAAUUUCCUACUGCCCAGAUGGUGGGUAAUAUGUCAGGCUGUGACAUCACUAGUUCCAAAACGAUUGUGGACUGCAUGAAGCGGCUGACUGAAGAGGAAAUGCUAAAGAUUGUUGAAGAGGCAGCGCUUACUUAUUUUUUGGUGACAAACGAUGGACAGUUUCUCACAAAGUCGCCAGAGGAGGCCUUCCAGAAUCAUGAGAUCCACAAGGUUCCAUUUAUGACGGGCGUGACAAACCAGGAAUGUGGGUGGCUGCUGCCCAGUUUCCUGGCGCCUCAAGGCUGGGAGGAAGGAAUGGACCGAAGCCAAGUCUUGUCAGUCAUGUCAUUUUUAUACCAAGAGCCGUCGGAUGAGAGGAUAAAGGAACUGAUGGCAGAUGAGUACCUGGGCACUUCGGAAGAUCGGCCGGCGAUUCGGGACAGCGCCUUGGAGUUGAUGGGAGACGUUAUGUUCACCAUCCCUGCCAUCCAAACAGCCAAUUCCCACAGAGACGCAGGUGCGCCCGUCUACCUGUACGAGUUGCAGGAAGCUCCCAGCUUCCUGCAGAAGAAGAGGCCCAGCUUCGUCAAAACAGACCAUGGCGACGACCUCAUGUUCGUAUUUGGCUUUUGCUUCCUGGACCUAAAUGUCACAAUGGAAAGUACUUUGAAAGUCCAGUGCACAGAGGAAGAGCAGGAGCUUUCCAGGACCAUCAUGGCGUACUGGGCCAACUUCGCUCGCACUGGGUCCCCUAACGGACCGGGGUUGGUUCAUUGGUCGCAGUAUGGCCCAGAUGAGGAGUUCCUGGCCCUGGGACUGAAGCAGGAGCCAGGCAAGAGUCUGAAGCGGGACCGCUAUGUUUUCCUGACCCAGACAUUACCAGAGAAGUUGCGCAUGCAGGAGAAGCACAGCGAGCUGUAGAGAGCGCUACUUCCACCUAAUGUAGAAAACACAAAUCUACCCCUUUGAUAUUUUUGUGAUGAAAGGAAAAACGUUUUCUUACAUUGAUUCAUUAACUAGUAGACAACCUAACUGUGAAAACUACUCAUUUUAGAAGUAUGAAAUUGUACAGAGAAAAGAUUUUGUCUGAAAUUAGAUAAAGUCCUCUUAAUAUCUGUGACAAUAAAAUGAACAAAAACCACCAUGUAUAUCUAAUAGAAAUUUGUGUAAUUAUUUGGUUAUUAGACCUUAGAAGAUUUUCUUUUAAAUUUGAUUAAAUGUUCUUAAUAUCUGUAACAGUAAAAUGAAUAGAAACCUAUGUUUAUCUAAUAAAAAUUACCAUCAUUAUAUUUGC